AGGCAAAAUGUGGCCAUAUUCCCCCAGUUUCGAGAUUGGGCGGUCUACCUCAAUUUCCUUCGGAUUGUCGUAAUCGAAGCUUAGUUAGUAACGCCUCGCCUCUUCUUAAUGACGUACCUAAGACGGCAUUGUGGGGGUGUUGUCGAAGCUGGACCUCGUCUCGCUCUACUCUUCUUUCUCCCUUCUAUAUAAAACAAAUAGAAGUAACCACAGGGGACAUGAGAGAGAGGGAGAGAAGGGCAAGAGAGGUAGAGAAAGAGAGGAAGAGGAGGCAAUGGUGGAGCACUUGCUUGGGCUGCUGAGAGUACGGGUGCAGAAAGGGGUGAACCUCGCCGUCCGGGACGUCCGGAGCAGCGAUCCCUAUGUCGUCCUCCGGAUGGGCAGACAGAAACUGAAGACUCGAACAAUUCAAAAAAAUACCAAUCCAGUGUGGAAUGAAGAGUUAACUCUUUCUGUCGAAGAUCCUCCUCCUCCAGUCAGGCUUCAAGUGUAUGAUAAGGACACAUUCAGCUUUGAUGAUCCCAUGGGCGAUGCGGAGUUUGACAUCCAACCAUUUCUGGAGGCUGUGAGGAUGGAUCCUGAAGGUGUUCCAAAUGGCACCAUUAUAACUAAGGUCAGACCUAACAGGCAAAAUUGCUUAGCCGAGGAGAGUCUGAUCUACUGGUCAGAUGGAAAGGUCAUUCAAGAUCUCGUCCUAAGACUCAGAAAUGUGGAAUGUGGUGAAGUUGAGCUGCAGCUGCAAUGGAUCAGCAUUCCAGGUGCGAGGGGCUUAUAAGUUUCUAUCCGAUAUCAGGCGUACUUGUAAUGUUAUGGACAGCAUUUGCUCUUAGCUUGGUUAGGAUAUGUUAAAACAGCCUUGUAAGGGAUGUGUGUGCUGUAUAUUUGUAUAUCAGGAUUAGAUGCAUGAGAAGGUAACAGCUGACUUCAGAUAUAUAUAUCUAUAAUGGAAGCUUGAGUCUUGUGUAUGAGGUGCCGUUGUAAUGCAACUCUUUGCAUGUAGCCAA